AGAGCAUGUUUGCUUCUCAGUGACUCUGGUGGUUAUACUUGUGUGUGCAAGUACAACCUACUUGAAAGAGUGCUAGAACUAGUACCGUCUGCCAGUACGACUUCCAUUUAGUUGUACUAGAGGUAGUAGUACAUGAAAGUACGACUCACGAGUGACGCUGUAAGGAGGAGCAUGCCUGUACCUUUAAUAUACCUGUGUCUGCUUUCAACCGUCCGACUGUCUUAGUAGUCGCCGCUACAAGGAAUAAUGGCGUGCAAGGGUAGUUCCCCGGCGGGCGAGGCACCUCCCACCUACUGCCCUAUCUGCCUGGAAACGUGGGACUCCCAGGACCAUCUGCCCAAGUUCCUCUUGUGCCACCACAGCGUCUGUGUCUCCUGCGUGGCUCUCCUCUACAAAGCUGCCCUGAAGCAUGCCCCCACGCCCUCUACCUCGCCCUCCACGCCCAUCUCACCGCUCACACGCCUCAUGGGCUCAAGGUCAUCCCUUAACGCCGCGGUGGAAAAUGAGGAACCCACGGGGUCAUCCUGGAUCAAGUGUCCACUCUGCCGCACCUCCACCUUCAUCCUUGACCCCUCCACGCUGCAGACGAACUUCUACCUGAGGGGACUUCUACGCUCCCCUUCCCUCCCCAGGCUGGUGUUGUGGUGUGACACCUGUAACAGUGUGGCUGCGCCCUCCUGCCUCCACCACACCCUGCGACCACUCCAAGACAAGAUGCACCGCCUCCAGGAGGAGUUGAUUGCUGCGGCUGGAGAGGCGUGCGCAUGGGCGUGUGGGCGUGUAGCUGUGUAUGAGAAGCAGGUGGAGGUGUACAGGUGGGCGUGUAAGGUGCUGAGACACGCCCACACCCGCGUCCUGGCCGCCCUCACACACGCCCAACACCAACACCGCGCCCUGAGUCACUUCAAUACUGAGAUCCUUCAACUGGUGAACCGCGGGGAGGCGCUGCAGGGAGUACGGGAAGCCGAGGAGGAGGUAAUCAGUGGACUGGAGAAUGUGGUGAAGGAGGUGAAGGAAAAACACGAACAGAUGUCUGGAGGAAAGGAAAUCCCGACGUUGAGGGAGAGUUUCCAUGUGUGUGGCAGCCACAAGGGCCCACAGGGGUAUCGUUUUAUUACACUCGAGGCUCAUGACACCCUCACUCUCACACUUCACACAGGCGACGAGACAGAGAGCCAAGAAACAGACAGCAACAAGGACGACACGAAAGACACACAGCUGCAGAGAACAUUUCACUCUCUGCAGGCCCGACAUAGGAAGACUUCAGCACAGUCUAAAGGACAGGUGACACGAUCUGUCUCACUACGUGAUUCUAAAGGAGGAUCCUCGGUGAAAGAUCUUGACAAAGAAUCUCAAUGCCCGAGUCAAGCCUCGACCAAGGCCUGCUCAGAUUCUUGUGUCAAGAACUCUCCCAACAUUGCAUAUCCUCGGCCACAGACCAGUGUGAGCGAUACAGUGAACCUGUACGAGCCAGAAGACCCCAUCAACGACCCCCUCGCCCAUGCUGGCAGCAUCAACAACAACAACCACAACUUCCACAAAAUGCCCACAACUACAUCAAAAAGAGACGCCACACACAAGGCUACAGCAUCAAUAAUCCCUCACUCACACCAAGACGCUGAGGUGGGACGACAGAGACGUAGCGACGACAACUUUAGACGUUAUCAGCGGUCCAGAGGGCAUGACGCCCCAACACGGAUAACUCGCCACAGGUCAAGACACUCUCGUCGGAGAGCUGGAAAACCACGAUGUAGCAUUAUGUAAAUUAGUGGAGGGUUGUUGGUCCUAAGAACUCCACCCUCCUUCCCUUCCUUGAUUUAGGCGCUAUAUAACUCCUGCGGACUUCUCCGUGAUAAUAAGAAUAAUAAUAAUAAAUCCACUUUUCUUAGAAAUUGUAUGAAAUUUGCUAGUUAAUCAACAAAAUAUACAGUAAUGAAACAAUUGUCUUAAUGCUAAAAGAACAGCCACUUCAUAGGAAAAAAAUUCGCAUGAGUGUACUCAAUAUGGGGAUUGUUUAUGCACUCCUCAACCUGAAGCAUAGUUUAGCUUAAAAAAUAGGGAUGUGCCUACUGAAUGCCACAUACCGAUCUUUGAUGUGAGACGUUCUGUAUUAGGUUGUAUUAGGUUGGGUUAUUACUGAGCAUUGUCAAGUGUUCAUUACACUUUAGUUAUCCAUGCAUACACAUACAUAUUACCUCAUCCGUAUACCCCAACACUCCCACACACCUACAACUCACUCCAACAUUUCUCCACUGCACUAACUCCUCCAUCAGUGAAGAAUGGAAGAUGAGACAGGUUUGCAAAGGAAUAUUCACCAACGAAUAUUCUUGUGAUAUUCUGAGCGAUAGAACAGUGGUUAAUGGAUGGCUACGAUGUAUCGAUUAAACCAAAUUUUUUUUUAAACACCUCUAUUUAAUAAACUCAGAUAAAUCUCAAUGAACGGCUGUCAGAUAAUGAACAGAAGUAUGUGCCGGGGUUCAAAUCGUGGUCCUGCUAUUGACAGGACCGCAGUACGAAUCCCGUCCAGUCUUCUCUUUAUUGACUCAGUGAAAAAUAUCUUCAUCUGACGAUACCGUCACGUGAUAAGAUCUAAGAGAAGUGGUUAUCACUACAGUGAUUAUAUUCUGAACUACGUUACAGCAUAGUUAAAUACGUAGAUGACAUGGCUAUAACUGUGGCUUUAAUUAUAGGAAAGCGCUAAAUUCAUAGGGGGUAUAACGAGCCUGGGGAAAAUGGGAGACAAUCAGGCUCUAUCCAAGGGAGGGAAAGAUAGGUCCAGUUCUUUGGAUCAAGAACCCAUUUCUGUCAAACAAAUUACCAUUCCUGUAAGUAGUCCAUACUGUGUAAAAACAUUUGUGUAACCUAGAUAAGUUACGUUAUCUGACUGAGAGAAUAACACUGGACGGAUGUUUGUGUUAUCUUGUGAGGGAGAGGCGUUCAGGGAGAAUAAUAAUAAUAAUAUCUUUAUUUCUACCAGUACAUGUACAAGGUAUACAGGCCAUAGCUGACAUCACUGACAUACUACUUUAUAAAAAGCCGCUUGUUAUGCAGAGCAUUUUAGACAAAUUUAGUCAAUUUUGUCCCCAGGAUGCGACCCACACCAGUCUACUAACACCCAGGUACAUAUUUUUACAGAUAGGAGAACAUGAACAGUAGGUGUCUUAAGGAAACACGUCCUAAUUUUCUCAGUCAUACCGGGGAUCUAACCACGGACCUUAGUGUGUGAGCUGAGUGCGCUGUCAAUAGAAGAAUAAGAAUAAGAAAUUUUGAUCAGAUCAUUAACCCUGAGGGUUAAUAACCCAAGAUAGCCACUGGUGUCCUUAAUGACCCUCGAGCAGUGGAUAGGCUUUAAACCUCAUUAAACUAACCCACCAAUAUAAAGUAGACAUAACGCAGGAUACCCAGGAUAACCCACGACAGGGUCAAUGUAACAUUUCCACUGAGGCUGAGUGUUGGCUGGUGUCACACCAUCCAACAAAAUAAGCAGACUCUUGGAUGUCACUACCGCCCGGCUCCGGCUGGGUUACAAGUAUCUUUGGCAGGUUAAAUCACCACCACCAGAUGUAGACCAAACGAAAUGUAAACUUUGCCAGAUGGAUUAUUGUCACACCCUGCGUCAUUAUGUACUGGAGUGCGAUAAAAUUAAUGAAUUUAGAAACAACUCACUCAGAAGUGUUCAAGAAAUGGCUAAGUAUUUUAUCCACAGUGGUAUAUUACAGACCAUUCUGGAGAAAUACCCUGACUUUGCUAGCUGUAAAUAAAGCAUUACCAUAUGUGUGUGUGUGUGUGUGUGUGUGUGUGUGUGUGUGUGUGUGUGUGUGUGUGUGUGUGUGUGUGUGUGUGUGUGUGUGUGUGUGUGUGUGUG